UUUUGGAAGCCGUCUUGCAAACGAGAUCUCGAAUAUGUCUGCGCCCGUUGACAGGGUUAGGUUCGAUGGUUCGGGUUGACUACGAAAAACCUUGACGCCUAGCUGGUUGAGAAGCUUUACUGUACACAAAACUGCAACAUUCUUCCAAACAUUGUUGUCUUACUCAGCGUACCUGAUGUCCAAUAUCAUUCCAAAGAGAGAGAAAUGUGUUUACACUAGUUGCUACUGUGAGGAAAACAUAUGGAAGUUAUGUGAGCACGUGAAACAUACACACCCAGAAGAGAUUGAUUGUUUUUAUGUUGUUUUCAUUUCCAACAAGAACAAGACAAUACCAAUCUGGAUGCAAAGAGCAGCUGACAACCCAAAUGAUGCAGUGGUUUGGGACUACCAUGUGAUAUUAGUACAGAAAUACACUUCAUCCAGUUUUGUCUACGACCUUGACACACUUUUAUCUUUUCCUUGCCCAUUUGAUGAAUAUGUGGAAAAGGCUUUGGGACAAGAAAACAGAUUUCAGAAAAAAUACAUCAGCAUAUAUGCAGCACCGAUAACACCAUGUAUGCAACACCUUGUGCUAUAUGAUGGUACUGUAUGGCAGUCUAUUCUAUAA